AUGUCUAGGAUAUGUAAAACAACUUUUGAUAUUACUUUAUUUUCAGGAUGUAUAACAGAUCCUGAUGAACGAUUAUUAAAUACAGAUUUAAUAAUUGCAUUAAAUGUAAUUGAAUAUUUGUAUCCAAAUAUUUUGGAAGCAUUGCCUUAUAACAUUUUUGAAUUUUCAAAGCCUUCAAUUGUAAUACUUUCAACAUUUAAUGCUGAUUUGAAAUAUAUUUUCCCGUCGGAAGUUCAAUUUAAUUCAGAUAAAAAGUUUGAAUGGACUCGAGAUCAAUUUAUAGAAUGGGCAUAUAAUAUAACAUCACGUUUUCCCAACUAUGUAGUAUUUUUUGAAGGUAUUGGUUCAUUACCAAUACAUCCAUUUAUUAAUCUAGGUGCAUUUACUGAAGUAGCAAUAUUCUAUAAAUUACCACGUAAUGAAAAUUCAUCAAAUCGUGUAUCUAACGACCUUACUUCCUAUGGCAUUUGUACAUAUAUGAAUUAUACUGAUAAACACAGUAAUAUAUCGGAUUUUAAAAAUAAUGAUCCUGAUACAUUAUCAGGAUAUUAUUAUAAAUACAUAACAAGUGUGUAUUACAAUUAUAAUGAAAAACGUUUGGAACUACCUGUAACGGAAUUGUAUAAGUCAGUAAGGAAUUUAAUAACAAUGGAAGAACUAAUUUUAUUAUUGAAACAAUAUUACGUAAUAGAAAAUCGAUUAUUAGACAGUACUACUAUUUAUUUGUGUGUCAUAUGGGAUCUAAAAAACAAACCUAUUGACAAACUAACAGCAAUUACUAAAAAAGGAACAACAUCGGAUUCUGAUUGGGAAACAAUUUCAAUCGAAACUGUCAGUCAAUCAAGAACAUCAUUACCGAACAGUAGACUAGAUAUCAUAAAUUCAGUUACUAACCCAGAAGUAACUGAAAAUAGUUCUAAUAAAUCAGUUUUCACUCUAUCGGGUGGAAGUGGUGACCAAUUAAGUCCAGAACUUGGUGCCGAAAAUGAGAUGUUAAAAAAAAUUCAGUUUGAUCUUAUGUCAAAGAAACGAACUAACUGUAAAUAUUUUGAAAAAUAUCCAUCGGCUGAACUAAAUAAAUAUUAUUCGGCAAGAUAUAAUCAACUUAAAAAUUGCUCCAGUUGUAGUAAUAUAAGUAAUACGGCCAUUCAGAAUGGAGAUUUUAAUUCUGGUACAUCAAUAGCAUCACAAUAUCGUCCGUUAACACCAAUUAUUGAAAGCUACAAAUCAAGUUCAAGUUCCAGAUAA